CGGUAUCCAUUGGCAACCAUUGACUCGAUUUGUGUUUAUUUAUUGAUAAUUGCAUUGAAUUUGUUGAGCGAAUGAGCGACGGAUCAGUCGGUGAUUGGCAUCCAUUCAGUGGACAUAUGUUGUGACAAACGGGUGACCAAUAGGUUCGCCACUCAACCCACGAGUCAGUUAUGAGCUCUGUUUCCGUCAAACAGACGAAGAAACAGACUUUUAUGAGACAAUCACGCGCUGGACAUCGAAAGGACGUCCACUUCGACGCCAAGCAUCGGCUCACCGAAGAGGAGCUCAUCGAUAAGGCUGUGGUCACUCCCGAGGAUGUCAUCCGUUUGCCAGCCAUCACGAAACAGUACUUGUGUUCGCCGGACGCCAACGUCUAUGACAUAGAGUUCACGCGCUUUAAGAUCCGAGACAUGGAGACGGGUCUCGUGCUGUUCGAGAUCGUGAAGCCCCCGCCCCCUCCCCCUCCCGACCCCUCGGACGACGGCCACGGGGGCGACGACGACCAGGAGAUGGACGCCAAUUGCGGCCGUUUCGUGCGCUAUCAGUUCACCUCUCAGUUCUUGAAGCUCAAGACAGUGGGCGCCACAGUGGAGUUCCGCAUCGGCGACAAACCCAUCAACUCGUUUCGGAUGAUUGAGCGCCACUUCUUCGGCGACAAACUCCUGAAGACGUUUGACUUCAACUUCGGGUUCUGUAUUCCCAACAGUCAUAACAGUUGUGAACAUAUUUACGAGUUUCCGUCACUCAGUCCUGAAUUAUGCGAAGAAAUGAUUGCCAAUCCGUUUGAGACCCGUUCGGACAGCUAUUACUUUGUGGACAAUAGGCUUAUAAUGCAUAAUAAGGCUGAUUAUGCAUAUAAUGGAGGCCUGACUGCUGCCAACCUAUAGAUAAGAACAAAACAAAUCAUACGUCCUAUCAAUCAAUCAAUUUUUGACCAAAACUUUAAAUAUGAAUACAAUAUACAGAAUAUUAUAUAUAACUUAUAUAUAGGCAACAAAUCAUUUUAUUUUAAAUUGUGAUUUAGACGACCAGUUGAAUAGAAAUCUCUAUACAUAUUGAAACUAAUAGUCUAUUAUUUUGUUUGUUCACAUUAUUAUUAUGUUUGAAAGUUUAAAUUUAAUGCUUAAUCUCAGUCUCAGUCACAACACACUUGUUAUGAGGUUUGAAAAGUGAAACUAUUUUAGGCUCGAAGUUAUUACUGCUAACUAUCAUACCGUAUAUCGGAAC